AUGAGGUCGCAGGCUGAACCAAGACUCAUACCCAAGAAUUAUCAGCAGUUCCUGGCCUUGGUGUUUACAGUCAGAGAGGUCAACAAGGAUCUGGUUCUCCUGCCCAACAUCACCCUUGGCUUCCACAUCUAUGACAAUCGCCAGACUGAGAAGAAUAUUUUCUUAAUCAGCCUCUCCUUGGUCUCCACCCGAGGCCAAAUGGUUCCAGGUUACAAAUGUGACAAUCAAGACCCUCUGCUCUCUGUCAUUGGAGGUCUCAACUCUAAAUCGCCAAAGCGGAUGGCCUCCAUCUUCAGCAUCUUCAAGGUCUCACAGCUAGGCAUUGGCUUUGAGUUCUCUCGGGGAGAGAGAAGUGUUUAUCCGUCCUUCUUCCGGAUUAAUUCCAAGGAUUUUGCUCAGUAUGUGGGCUUAGUCCAGCUGCUCCUGCAUUUCCAAUGGAACUGGGUUGGGCUGAUAGCCAACGAAGAUGACAGUGGAGAACAUUUCAUCUCAUCUCUGAUGCCAAUGCUGAAGGAGAAGGAGAUCUGCCUGGCCUUCACUCAAAUGUUGAAAUCAGAUAAUUUUCUCAUUACAGUGCAUAAAUUUGUUCUUUUUUUAAACAACUGUUGUAAAGCUGACAUGGUUAUUCUCUUUGGAGACCCUCACACUAAUGCACAUAUACAGUCAGCUCUGCAUUUCGUAAAGUUCACAAAGUCAUCGCUUCAGAAAGUUUGGAUCCUAACUUCCCAAUGGAGGCAUAAUGUUGGGGCAGCUAAAGACACAUUUCAAGUUGUAAAGCCCUUCCAUGGGGCUUUGCAGUUAAGGGACCACACAGGGGAUAUCUCAGGAUUCAGCCAUUUUCUCAUGUCUUUGGACCCUUUGAACUCACAAGGGGACAUUUUUCUCCCGCAAUGGUGGGCAAAAGUCUUUGACUGCAAGAUCCAUAAACCAAGAAAGAAGCAAAAACAAUGUACAGGAAAGGAGAAUUUGCAGAAUGUGCCAACUCAUAUUUUUGAAACCAGCAUGACAGGUGAAAGUUACAACAUCUACAAUGCCAUUUAUGCUGUGGCACAUGCAUUGCAUGCCAUGUAUGGAUCAGGAGCCCAAUCAGCCAGGAUGAGGCUUGGAAAGAAGAUCUCAAAUGUCCAGCCAUGGCAGAUCCUUACCCAUUUGGGGAAUGUCCACUUCAACAAUUGUGCUGGGGAUGAAAUCUCCUUCUCAGAAAAUGGUCUGGGAUCUUCUCAAUAUGAUCUUCUCAACUGGGUUUUCCUCCCCAAUCAAUCUUUCGUCCCUGUGAAAGUUGGACAAAUAGAUCCUGGGGCUUCCCCUGGCCAAGAUUUCACCAUUAGCUCUGAUGAAAUCAUCUGGGCCACAAAGAAGGCGCCCCUUGGAAGGUGUGGCAUGAAGAGGUGCCACGCAGGAGAGAGGAGACUUGUUCCAGAAGGCAAGCAGGUCUGCUGCUAUCAAUGUGACCCUUGUCCAGAAGGGACCAUUUCUGAUAAGACAGAUGCAGCUGCCUGUGAACCUUGUCCAGAAGACCGAUAUCCCAACAAGGACAAGGACCAAUGCAUUGCCAAAAAGAUCCACUUCCUUGCCUAUCAAGAGACCCUGGGAUACACUUUAGUUUCUUUCACUCUUACUCUCUCUGUGAUCACAAUAGCAGUCCUGGCCAUUUUCCUUAAACAUCGUGACACACCAAUUGUCAAGGCCAACAACCGAGAUCUCACCUACAUCCUCCUGGUCUCCCUCCUGCUCUGCUGCCUCUGCUCCUUUCUCUUCAUUGGUCAACCAGGGACCAUCACCUGUCUCUUACGACAAACUGCCUUUGCCAUUCUCUUUUCCCUUGCAGUUUCUUCUGUCUUGGCAAAAACCAUCAUGGUGGUUCUGGCCUUCAUGGCCACCAAGCCAGGGAACAAGUCAAGGAAACUCUUAGGAAAACCACUGACCAACUCCAUUGUCUUAGGCUGUCCCCUGAUCCAGGCAGCUCUUUGUGUCACCUGGCUGGUAACAUCUCCCCCAUUUCCCAACAUGGACUUCCACUCUUUGGUAGGAGAGGCCAUCUUGGAGUGCAAUGAAGGCUCAGCCUUGAUGUUUUAUGCUGUCCUCACCUACCUGGGUUUCCUGGCCUUCGUCAGUUUCACGGUGGCCUUUCUGACUAGGAAAUUGCCUGACAGCUUUAAUGAAGCCAAGUUCAUUACUUUCAGCAUGCUCGUCUUUUGCAGUGUUUGGAUCACCUUCCUCCCCACCUACCUGAGCACCAAAGGGAAGUCCAUGGUGGCUGUGGAGAUCUUCUCCAUCUUGGCCUCUGGGGCUGGUAUCUUGGCUUGUAUCUUUUCCUCCAAAUGCUACAUUAUCCUAUUCAGGCCUGAUCUGAAUUGUAGAGAUAAUAUCAUGAGGCACAAGAAUCUGUGA